UUGAGAGCAAAAAUGUCAACACUAUGGCGACAAAAGAUGAAGACGUUUUUCAAAUAUCACGACUUCGAUAAAGAUGGAUUUCUUCAGCGUGCUGACUUCGAAGGAAUCGUUUCGAGACUCGUUAAGUUCUACCUUAGAAACCCCCGGGGUAGAAACCACGAGAAAGCUUACGUUGAUGUGGAAAUGCGCCGCAAGCUGCGACAAAUUUUCGUUGAGUUCCUCUGGGGCGAUCUGGUUGCCGGUGGUGGUAACGUCGGAGCAACGCGGAAGGUUACCCUAGAAGAGCUAAUCGAAAAUCUAUCCGCGUUGAUUGAAGAUAAAGAGGGCCUGGAUUUGUUCAAGUCUUCUUCGCGUGAGGCUGCCUACCAUUUCUUCGAGGUUGUGGAUACUAACUGCGAUAAUUUGAUAUCUCCUGAUGAAUUCAGAAAUUUCACUGAUGUUUUCGCCCGUGUUUUCGGGAGGACCAAUGACGAGAAACACGCCCAGAGAGCAUUCACUAACAUCGACACGAAUAAAGAUGGCUUUAUAAGUAAAACUGAGUUUGUAGCAGCUUACGAGGACUUUUGGGUUGGAGUAACUGAAGGUGUAGGAACAUACAUUCUUGGUGACCUAAUUUAAAUUUAGACUAGAUCUAAAUGGCCACCGGAUACAAUGGACACAAAUAUCACAGACCCGUACCAAGGGGGAUUGGAUGGGAACCCCCCCCCCCCCCCUCGGCCCUCACUCUGGCCAAAAAUUUCAAAAUCAUGCAGUUUUUCAUAAUUCUGAACACUUUUAAAGUGAUUUUGGCCAUUUUUGAACUCAAAUUGUCAAAAGUGACCCCCUGGAAUAUUUCAAAAGAUGAACCCUCCCUUGGCAAAUCCUGGCUACGGGCCUGCAUCAAGCGGGUUCUUACACAGUCCCCCUUUCUGUUUUUAUAAUAGAACGAGCAUACGAGGA